AUGCCUAAACGCAUCUUUCCAGACAUCACGCUGUAUCAACUGUUAUUCGAGCAAAACAAGAAAUUCAUACCGUCCAAUGCAUGCUAUAUAGAUGCCGAAGAUCAUACGCAACAGCUUACAUUCGCAGAAGUACAAGAUAUUAUCCUCAAGUUUGGUGCAGGCAUAAAGCUUCAAUUUGAGGAUUUUAAGCAGGGUGAUGUCGUAGCAUUUUAUGCUGGAAACUGCUUGACUUAUGCAGCUGCAAUUCAUGGUCCUGUGGUUAUUGGUGGAGUUUCUACCACUAUUGAUGCUUCUUCUGAUGCAGUAUCAGCUUCAAUUGCUCUCAAAACGGUCAAUGCCAAAAUUCUUAUUACCGACUCGUCACAUCUAAACAAAGCCAGAAAAGCAGCCAAGCUUGCCAAUCUAUCUGAGCAGAAUAUUUUUCUCUUUGACGAAGGAAACGAAAUUCAUCAACUAAAGGACGACCUAUCUGAAUACCAGACAUUUACCAAUGCCUUUUUGAAGCAUAAUGAUUUUGCCACACCCGUUACCUAUUCCUCGAAUAAAUUAGCAACAGUACCCUGCUUUUAUUGCUUUACCUCAGGCACCACAGGAAAAAAGAAAGCUGUGACUAUAACACAUAAAUCGUUGACCAGUGCUCUGCAGCUCAAGGACGAUUGGCUUCCUCCCACACUUUCUAUGCUACUUCAUACAGACUUUCAUCACGUCAGCUCUCUGUUAAUCACUUUCCACAUGAAUGUAUAUCAUGGCUGCACUUCGUAUAUUUUGAAAGAAUAUACAUUUGAGAAACUCUUACGCGGCAUUCAAACAUGCAAGGCGAAUGUAAUCAGUACACAACCUUGGAUCGUAGCGGCUAUGGUAAAAGAAUUUGAGAAUAUAGUAGAAAAAAAAGGGUAUGACCUCUCAAGCCUGAUGUUGGUCGUCUGUGGUGGAGCAUUCAUCGACAAGACGGCCUGCAUGUCUUUUUAUCAAAAGUAUAAAGCGCCUCUUGUGAAUGCUUAUGGUAUGACAGAGAUUCUAAAUUUUUUAGAGUCGAGUUUUCCUGGCACCCUCAAAGGAGAAAUGGGCUGUCUCUCCACUGGUUUUUCCUGCAAGUUAUUAGACCAAAACGGCAAAGAGGUCGGUUAUAACACUGCUGGCGAGCUUUGUGUAAAGGGGCCUACACUGACUCCAGGCUACUAUGAUAACGAUGAAUUGAACGCAGCUUCCUUUGAUAAAGACGGAUUCUUUCAUACAGGUGAUUUGUUCAAGGUCAACGAGGACGGCGUUUUAUUCUUUAUUGACCGCUUGAAAGACAUCAUUAAACACAAAGUCCAUCAUAUAGCACCACAAGACAUUGAAAGUGUAUUGAUGCAGUAUCCUCUUGUUACAGACUGCGCAGCUGUAGGUGUAUACUCUGAUGAAGAAACAUGCUGGUUACCUCGCGCUUUUGUGCUACUUUCAUCAGCUACGGAAAAAAAGGAUCUCGAUACGAUCAAGCAAGAACUUUUAAACCUUGUGAAGGAAAAGCUCCCUCCUCAAAGUCAACUCUACGGAGGGCUCUACCUCUGUAGGGACUUGCCUCGAACAUCCACCGGGAAAAUUGAACGCCGUACACUUCGAUUGAGCGACCGAAUGGAUCAAUGGUUGUUUUGA